UAAAAAGGAACGCUAAUUUAAUUAAAAAUAUGGGCAAGGAAAUAAAUGUUUUGAACGAAAAUCAAAAGGCAGAGCACGUGGAACGGUUUUCUUUGGAACUGGCUGAUAAUCGAACAAAGGACGCUGGAAUUUCUGGGCAAGGAACAAGCAUCUUGAAAUCCACACCGAAUUUUGGAAGAAUUUUGAAAAGCACCCCGACAAGUAUACCUCGCAACAAAGAAAUGGCUGCCGCCAAUGAUUUCUUGAAGAAGGCGGAGGCAGAUGGUGCAUCAUAUGAAGCAUACCUCCCAGAAAGAAAGAGAGUGCGGAAGGGAGUGAUCACAGAUUGGGAAGAGUCCGUGUCAGAGCUAGAAGAGGCAAUUAUGCCAGGCCAGGGGGAAUUGACUUUUGAGAAAUUAAGGAAACGAGUGGUUAAAGAUGGAAAAGCUGAAUGGGUGGACGGUUUGGCCAUCCUAGUUACUAUUAAAGGGGGCCACUUGCCCACAGAACUUAAAAUAGGCCAUGGGCACGUAGGUGUGAGGGUGUACUCCUACGUGGAAGCAGUAAAACAAUGUCUUAGAUGCUUUGCGUUCGGCCAUGUCCAAAUUCAGUGCCGGAAUAAGUACAAAAGAUGUAUAAAGUGUUUGGAAAACGAGCAUGGAGCCUGUGACAAAAAGGCUAAGGGAAUGCUGAAAGUUCCAGAGGGAAAAAGCCAUCAAAAAGGUUAUGGCUCAUCGCAACCUGGCGUAUGCUACCGCCAGAGAUAUCGUCUACAAGCAGUUGGGUGAAAAAGGAAUAUCUGACGAUAUUAUAGAGGAUAAAGACAGAGGAUCCAGAGACUUCCCAGCCUUGGCGGCCAAACCAAGGGAAUUUUGGGAGAAAAAGGAGGUCCCGUUGGAAGAGGAGUUGGAAUCGAUAAAAUUUGCUAAGGACAAAAUAGCUCCUGUAGAAACGGAAGAUAGAAGAUGGGAGAAGGUAGUGGAGAGCAUGAGACCGAAUAUUAAUGCUCCUCCCCCAGAGGAAGAGGGAGAGCAAGAACUCGAAUAGUAGAAGACGACCCAGUUAAAAUUAGGGAAAUCCUAGUAAGGAGAAA